ACUGAGAGUGUGGAAUAUCUGUGAAAUAGCCAUAGUCUGGGCGAGAGAGUGGGGGUGUAACCGUGAGCCUAUGCUAAUGAGAGAGAGAGAGAGAGAGAGAGAGAGAGAGAGAGAGAAAGAGAUACGCGCGGGUGGAUAGUGUGAUGCUGUGCGUUGUCUACUGUCUAAACGAGGGUGGUCUUUCUUGGUUCAGGCAGCAGGGUUUCUCCACCCUUCCAACGAGGAUCUGUCAUUUAUACCACAACAGCAGGACGCCUGUCGAAUUUCCAUUGGACUCUGCGCUGGAUCUCUCACAGCGCCGAUACUUCUGCUGCUGCUUCAUCGCCAAACGCUCAACGCCAGUGGUGGAGAAGAAAAUCUGAUUUCCGUGCCAUGUGUAGAACGACAUGUAUGUGUGAAUUCAUGCGGUGACAGCGGAGGGGAAUGGAGCAGUUGUCAUCAAAUUCCUGCAGAUGCAACGACAGUGAUACAAGGGAGGCUAUCGUGUAAAGAGAAGACCUUCAUACGCAGCAGCCAAUCCGAGAGAUCCGUUUUUAUUGCCAGUGAAAGGAUCAGUAGUCAGGUGUCGCCUUUCAUUUCAGCUACAACAAUGGGGGAGCAGCCCAUCUACAGCACACGGGCCCACGUCUUCCAGAUCGACCCCAACACCAAGAAAAACUGGCUGCCCACUAGCAAGCAUGCCGUAACUGUCUCCUACUUCUAUGACAGCACGCGCAAUGUCUACCGCAUCAUCAGCCUGGAUGGCACCAAGGCAAUAAUCAACAGCACCAUCAGUCCCAACAUGGCGUUCACAAAGACCUCACAGAAGUUCGGCCAGUGGGCGGACAGUCGAGCCAACACUGUCUACGGUCUGGGCUUCUCCACUGAGCAUCAUCUAUCCAAGUUUGCAGAGAAGUUUGCAGAGUAUAAAGAAGCAGCACGCCUUGCAAAAGAGAAGAGUCAAGAAAAGAUGGAGAUGGCCACAUCUCCUUCUCAGGAGUCUCCAGCAGGCGAGCUCUCGUCACCCCUCACCCCAGUCACUCCGCCUAUGGAAAACAUCAAUGGCACAGAUGAAAUUUGUGACACGCCUCCCAACUCAGAUGCCCGUCCAGAGCCGUCGCAGAACGCACUGGCCUUUGCACACAGCCCUGCCAUGACAAAACACUGGGAGGCUGAGCUGGAGGCGCUAAAGGGGAACAAUGCCAAGCUCACGGCAGCUCUGCUGGAGUCCACAGCCAACGUUAAACAGUGGAAACAACAACUGGCUGCCUACCAGGAGGAGGCUGAGAGACUACACAAACGGGUGACGGAGCUUGAGUGCCAGAGCAACCAAACUCCAGUGAUCAAAUCCCAGAAAACUGAACUCAACCAAACCAUAGAAGAACUGGAGGCUACACUAAGGGAUAAAGAAGAGGAAAUGGAAAAGUUGAAAGAAGAAUUGGAAACCAUGAAUGACCUGAUGGAGCAGAAAGACACUCUUAGCCAGAAACUUGAGGAGACAGAGCUACGUAGUCGGGUGCUCGAGGAGCAGCUGGCGGGUGCAGAGCAGAGGUUAGAGGAGAACCAGGAGGAGCAAGAAAAUUUCAGGAAGAGCCUGCGAACGCUGCUGGAGCUGCUGGACGGCAAGAUCUUUGAGCUGACAGAGCUCCGAGACACCUUGGCUCGGCUCAUAGAAGAGGCCAGCUAGAGACAGAACUGCUUAAUCUUCACUGACAGAGCCAUAUUGAUAAUUUACACCCUAACAGCCCCAAAUGACCCACAACCAACCCUACUCAGCAUACUCCAUCUUCCUCCUACACUCCACACACAUUCAAACUGAGACACUGCACUGCCCUGAUUUUAAUUUUGCUCCAAGAGGGCAGCUAAUCCCUUGUUUUUACCUUGCAGGCAUUGAGGUCUAAACAGCCACAGGCUUUCCAGUAGUUCAAGACAAUGCAGGGACUACCUCAUUUUGCCUUCUGAUUGGCUGCUGUGGGCGUAGACCUCAGUUGAAUUGAUCUCUCCAGUUGUAGAGAUGCCUGUCUGGCACCCUGUAACUGCCCCCCCAUCCACCCACACAAACAAAAUGGCAAAGUGUUAACUUGAGAACUGUACCUCAGUGCCAUCUGCUGUUUGACUGGGAAAGCUGCACCUUAGUUUGCAGCUUCUCAAAGUCUCACUCACUCACACACACCCUUUCUUCUUCCCUAAACUGGCCCCCAAGGAGAAUGUUGAAAGUCAUGUGGAAAUAAUUGCUGUAAAGACUCAGAGAACUGCGCCAAAGCUGCCAAAUACCCCCAAAAUAUUAUGCUGUAACUAGCAGAUGCUUUGAUCCAAAGUGACUUAAUGUACAGAGAAGUACUGAACAGAGAAUCCCAUGUUUGAGCUGGGGCUGCCAGCAGAGUGUCACUGAAAAGAGAGGCUUAAAGGUGGCCCUCACCAAACCAGUCAGUUUUACCUAUCAGCCCGGAGUGACAUCGAUGUUGCCUGGACACACAAGACUGAUAGAAAUAGAUUUACUCCUUAAGCAAAAAUUAAAGACUGCUCUAUAUCCACAGCCUAUUUAAAAAUCCUACACGGUAGAUGGGUAUGAAUCUUCCAGAGGCAUUGUUUAUGCCACACACAUUUUUGAGGCUGUGUGCCUGUGUUAGAUUUGGCAUGAGAAUUCCUGUAUCCAGACUGCUUCCACCGCCGCAGACGACCGACCUGUCUUCCUGCCAAACUCAGUGCGACAUGUGUUUCCAAACAAGGCUUAACCCUUCGACAGAAUGUGUGCCUUUAAAGCGCACAUAAAGUGGACACAUUUGUAUAUAAUGUGUGUGUUUUGUGCUGUGAGAGAAAGACCCCGUUUUUGAACAUCAAGGCUUACACACACACACUGAGCAAUACCAGACAGGCUCUGUGCAACACCUUUAUCCAACCCCAUCAGGUAUUGUUCUCAGAGGACUCGUGCAGAUGGGUCAAAUGCACCUCAGCUGAUCCGACAGAAAGCGUACUACUGUUGACCGCGAACCUGUGUGGCAGCCCUCUCUGGUCGAAGUAGUGCAUCACGAAGGGCUCACAGAGCGUCACCUCCUUGUUUGAAUACGUCCACCCUUAGUGAAACUGGUCACAGAUUUUCACUCCUCACUCUAGAGUGAAUAAAGAACUGUACUCAGUUUCUAGUAAUUUUUACACAGAAUAUAAUAAUGAUGAUAUAAUUAUAGAACUGUAUAAGACAACUUUCUACACAUGAUGACAUUGUAAAUGAAUGGAUGGAUAACUCAAAUGCAGUAACGCCCUGCAGUGGCUUAUUGUUGUGUAUUAACCCAUGGAAAAGUACUGCAUAGUAAUUAUGACAGAGUGUCUAGUCUGCAGGUAAACAAUGAAAACCUCUUUCAGUAUAUAUUUAAAAUGUGUAACAACACAAUGUAAACACACAGUGUCUCAUGUUCUGUCCCAGAAUAUACGCUUUUAAAGCUCUACCAGAGUAAAAUCCAAAACUGCAUCUUAUCUUCCUUUAAAAUUACCAAAUUUCUAUAAAGCUACUGUAUAUACUCACAUGAAAAGCCACUUGUUUUGCCUCUGAAUUGAACACUGUUCGCACUGUGUUAUUACACUGUUGUAACUCCGCUAUAUGUCAAGAGAUUUUCAAGUCCUAGCACAGCAUAAUUCUGCACUAACAUACUGUAGUUAGUCACACUGGUUAAUACACUGGAAUAAGACACAUAGAAAAGGAAAUGUUACCUUUUUUCCCUUCUGGUUUAACUUUGACAGUCAAAUGACAGUGAUGGAAUACCUUAAUAUUAAUGCUAUUGUUAAUGAAUGCCUUUGUACAGUAGUGGAUAAGAAGCUUUUCAUUCUCCUGUUUUGUAACUUAAGGUAUUUAAAUGUAGGUAUUACUAUUAUUGUAUUUAGAGGUAUGAGAAAACUGGCAAUAUUUUUGACUAUUUAAAGUAAUUUUGAACUAAUGAUAUUAAAGAGGUACCUCAGGCUAAAGAUGUUUGUAGACUGGUGAGACUUGUGUGUCUGAUGGCAAAAGGGUUUCCCAGAUGACCAAGAGACAGGCUGGUUGGAGCUUUGGCCAAAAGAAAUCCUUUGUUUUAUUCAAACAAAGAGAGACCUUCUAGGCUGAGAACACACCUCUGUGAAUGGAGAAAUAAUGUUUUAUACUGAAAUACAGCAACUGCAGAAUUCAACAUGUGCACAUCACUUUUCCUCUGUUUCCUUUUUUAAAUUAAAAGCACAUGAUUGACUAAACUAUUCAACAGCGAAAAAGACAAUCUUAGAAUUUGCUUUGUAGCGUUUUAUUCAAAUGCAGGGGCAAGGUUGUAAAUAAAAUAAGAACAGAAUAAAUGACCAUGACAGGAGUAAAGGCAAAAGGUAUUCUUGUAACAGUGUGUCUAUACACUACUGUGUAAAACAACUGCAAUGUUUAAUACAGCCCAUGGGAUUAGUCAGUCUGAAUUGAUUAUCACCCAUGAAGUAGUUUCAUCCUCCUUCUUGUAUUUUUCUAUACUAUAUUGCACUUCUCAAGUGACUGACUGGGUCAUAUACAGGCAGCCUGUGUGGAGAACAGGUCUAAAUGGGAAAUGUUCAGAAGCAAACACAUUACAAAACAAUUUGGCUGGAAAUGCUUUAAAUAAAAAACAACAACAGAAUAUACACACUGUAAUGAAAUGCAAUACAAAAUUACAGUUAGCUGACAAACAAGCUGUGUUAAUGUUAUUUAUAGAUAAAGGUCAAAGUACACAGGACAGUGUGUUUCUAAGGUCAGUUAGGUGAGAGUUGGUUCAUGGCAAAGGGUUUGAGCACAAUGUUGGUUGUUGUUUGGUGGAGCAACAUAAACCUAAGCACUAAUAUCUUUUGGAAACUUGCCUCCGUUAAGACAUCAAAAAAGGUAUGGACGGGGUUAGGUUCAAGAGUCAGAUCAGGGUCAGAUGUCCGUCUCGUGCCACAUGAUGAGGGUACCAUGUAACAAUAUUGUGCUGACAGUGACAGAA